GAUCAUACAUCACCUGUCAUCCUACAAGAGAGGAACAAACAAGCAGGUGUAACAAGUGAAAUAUAUAUACUAUGUAUACCAUAGUAAAGACAGAGUUUGUCGAAGAGGAGAUUGAAGACAUGAGUGAUCCAGAACCAUCCAGAAUAAAACAUGAAGAUACUGAGGAGGAACAAACAGACUUGACAGACAUAAAAGAAGAAAGUGAAGAACCGAAUGAGGUGGAGGAGAAACAUCCAUAUCAGGAAUCUUUAAUAGCUGAAGAAACAUGUUCAAAGACGGAGAAGAACAAAACUCAAAGAACCCGAGCCAAAAACUCCUUCACGUGCCCUCAGUGCGGAAAGAGUUUCACACGAAGAGACAGCCUCAAGGAACAUGUAAGAAUUCACACGGGAGAGAAACCUUUCAGCUGCCACCACUGCGGGAAUAGUUUCACGCGUAAAGAGAGCCUGAAGUAUCACAUGCGAACUCACACCGGAGAGAAACCCUACAUGUGCCACCAGUGUGGAAAGAGUUUCACGUUUAAAAACAACCUCAAGGUUCACGUAAGGAUCCACUCCAGGGAGAAGCUGUUCAUCUGCCCUCAGUGCGGAAAGGGCUUGACGUGUAAAAAAAGCCUUAGGGACCACAUUAGGGUGCACACUGGAGAGAAACCGUUCAAGUGCCAUCGCUGCGGAAAGACGUUCAAGUGGGCGCACAGCCUCAAUAAUCAUCUGCACUCUCAUUCUGGGUUGAAGCCUUUUAACUGCGUUUAUUGUGGUGAAGGUUUUACUUCAUCCUCCAUUCUGAAAAACCACCUGAAGGUUCACACAAAUGAGAGGCCGUAUGUGUGCUCUCUGUGCGGAAAGAGUUUCAUAUGGCCAGGCAAUUUUAAAGAGCACCAGAAAAGACAUACGGGUGAGAGAGAUCACGUGUGCUUUGAGUGCGGCAAGACUUUUACCACAGCUAAACGACUGAAGGAGCACCAGAGGAUUCAUACGGGGGAAAAGCCUUACAAGUGCUCACACUGCGAUAAGAGAUUCACUCAGUCUGGCUCGCUGAAAGUCCACGAGCGAGUUCACACUGGAGAGAAGCCGUACCACUGCCCAAACUGCGGGAGGAGUUUCUCUCAAUUGACAAAUCUUAUCACUCAUAUUAAAAAGCAUUGCAAGAAAUCAUCACAGUGAGAAGGUAUUUUCAUGUC